CGUGGCCACCGUACUUAAUUGUUGCCUACAAUCAUGGCGUCCUCAAUGUCACUUUUUGCUUUAGGUCGUCUGUCUGCGAGCAAUGUAGCCUCCAGGGUUCUCCUGAACCCCUUCAGGUCUGCAAGCACAUCAGCAUCGAGGUUGGCAGAGAAAGCUGGGCAAGACACGCAACUUAUUACGGUUGAUGAGAAAUUGGACAUAACUACUCUGACCGGGGUCCCAGAAGAGCACAUCAAAACUCGUAAGGUCCACAUCUUUGUCCCCGCCAAAACCUCCAUGCAGUCUGGCAUCAACAGUACCAAGAAAUGGAAGAUGGACUUCGACACCAGAGAGCGGUGGGAGAAUCCGCUGAUGGGCUGGGCCUCAACGGCCGAUCCUCUGUCCAACAUGAUGCUCACGUUCUCCUCUAAAGAAGAUGCCAUUGCUUUUGCUGAGAAAAACGGUUGGAGCUACGAAGUGACAGAGAAGAGGACCUCAAAGCCCCGCGUAAAAUCCUACGGAGCAAACUUCUCCUGGGACAAGAGAACCCGGAGGACCGCAAAGUAAACCGAAGGCCCAUCUGUUUGCUGUCUUGCUGCAGACUUGUAUCUUUCUUGUCAAUAAACGCAUAAUUAUAUAUAAGAAAACCAAACAAUUGGGUCAUGAUU